CUUCCUGGUGGGUUAUGACCCCUGCAGGCAUUUUUCAGACUCUUCUUCCCUGCCCGCCUCCAGGUCCUCUGCAUCCAUCUGAAGCGUUUCCGGCACGAAGUCAUGUAUUCCUUCAAGAUCAACAGCCACGUUUCCUUCCCCCUGGAAGGCCUGGAUCUCCGGCCCUUCCUGGCCAAGGAGAGCAUCUCCAAAGUCACCAACUACGACCUCCUCUCGGUGAUUUGCCACCACGGCACGGCCGGCAGUGGACAUUACAUUGCCUACUGCCAGAACAUGAUCAAUGGCCAGUGGUACGAAUUCGAUGACCAGUACGUGACGGAAGUGCACGAAACGGUCGUGCAGAACGCCGAGGCUUACGUCUUGUUUUACAGAAAAAGCAGCGAGGAGGCUGUCCGGGAGCGCCAGAAAGUCGUCUCGUUGGCCACCUUGAAGGAGCCCGGACUGCUCCAGUUCUACAUCUCCCGCGAAUGGCUGAACAAAUUCAACACCUUCACGGAGCCCGGGCCCAUCAGCAACCACACCUUCCUGUGCUCCCAUGGAGGAAUUCCACCGAAUAAAUACCAUUAUAUUGACGAUCUGGUGGUGAUUCUGCCCCAGAAUGUUUGGGAAUACCUGUAUAACAGGUUUGGGGGCGGCCCGGCUGUGAAUCACCUCUACGUCUGUUCAGUGUGCCAGGUGGAGAUCGAAGCCCUGGCUAAGCGGAGGAAAAUGGAGAUUGACACGUUCAUCAAGCUAAACAAAGCUUUCCAGGCAGAGGAGUGCCCGAGCGUCAUUUUCUGCAUCAGCAUGCAGUGGUUCCGUGAGUGGGAGGCCUUCGUCAAAGGGAAGGAUAAUG